UCUUUGGAAUCAAGUCGCCUCGUUCUUCUUGCAGGAACCUUUAAUUAUUGUCUCUCUUUCUCUUCCUUUGCUUUUUUUUUUCGUCGCGACCUUAAAAAAGAAAGAUAAGGAGUGUUGUGGAAGGGUCCGUAUUAUCUAAUAUACAUAUACAAUGCCCUUGAAAUGACAAUGAUGCACGACGGAAAACAGUUUGUUUUUGUUGAACGGAAAAAAACGCUCCAGCUUGCCGAAUCGUGUGGUCUUGGUGUCAUUGAGGAAGAAACCUACUUGGUCGGGUACCAGAUCUAUAUUAUCGAACAAUGGUUAUGCGAUCGUAGCAUUACGUCAAACACAAUCAAAGUAUUCACCGGCGACCAAAAUCAUUAUAUUAAAGUCUGCGUAAUUCGCAUUUCGACAGCCGAGUUGCAACACCCACGACCCGAAAUCCAAGCGUUCUUUAAUACACACACGCCUUUAAAGUUUAAGCCAACACCAUUGGGCGAAAUUAUGCUGACGGAUCCCAGCGAGUUGCCUUUUGAUAUGGAUAUGGUGCUUGUGCCUGACGGUGAUUAUGAUAAAUGGAUUAACCAGGCAUACGUCAAUAUCAAUUUACGACGGACAAACUGUACUGGACGAAGCGCGCUUAAUUUACGUAAACCAAAUCCAGCAUCAGAAGAAAAGUUUAGAUCCAUUUACAAGAUUGCUGAGACUGUCCCGUUUGAAAGGGCAGUGAUCAACCUGGUUACUGUGGCUCAAAUUGCACUCUAUCUGUUCGAUCUGCUGAGAAAGGAAUAUAUCGAUGGUCUCAUUUGUAACGAGACAACAAAGGCAUUUUGGGAGUUUUAUACAAAGUAUCAUCCUCACAAGUCACCGGAGUAUCAGUUAAAAGAACCCUGGAUGGAACCACAUUUACUUGCAGCACUUGUUAGCAAGCUGGUCUUGUGCAGGAACAAGCUUCAUGCAUAUAACUUUACAACAAUCAAAGAUCCAUUUGCAGAUUAUGAGCAUUUUCGUUUCGAUAUUGAAGAAUAUCAGCGAACAAAGAACCUGAGACGAACCAAAAUGAUUGACCUUGAGACACUGGAAAAAUUAAACGAACAUACUGUGGGUCAACUCAAAGUGCGCAACGUGAUCAAAUCCAAGCUAGAUGAUAUAUCAGGGAUCAGCAAUUCGCCCUUGUUUACCGAAUCCUCGGAUCCAGAAGUAUUUCGACAUCACGCGACUAUCGAAAGUCUAAGGGCCAUCUGGCGACCGCGAUUAAAGAGUUUACCGACACUAAAUACAGGAACUGGAGGUGGCGGGGGUAGCAGCAGUAGUGGUGCUGGUGGCGGCGGCCAUGGUGCGACAAGUAGUGGUGCUGGUGGUGAUUUGGAGAAGCAACAUGAAUUCAUCCACAUGAUUAAGGGUGUUUCAGCACGAACCACAAGGACAAGCGGAGCUGCAGCAGAGAUCCUGUCCAAGUUUGCAGGUUCCUUGCCAUGGGUAGAUAGCAGCAAAACCAGUGCUGGUUCUCAUGUACGUAGCAACAGUGGCAACAGGUUUCAUUCUACACGCGUCGUUCCUCCUCCUCCAGCGCCGCCGCCGCCUCCUCCUCCUCCUCCUCCAGCAAGACAUCGCCCUACAAAUCAUUCGAUAUUGACAGACACAAGUAUACAAUUGACAGACCCGAGUGGCAUUUCUACUGUUGAAGAUAUUUUGUAUCCACCCGGACAUGCGGCGCAAACCAAGACAUCAAACAUAGCUUCUGAUAAUGCACUAUCGUCCGACGACGAAUUCUACAACAACAGCCACCGGUCUGAUUUGGACAUUCUGCCACGGCGUAUGAUCCCAGAACGUCAAGAUACCCCAAUCGAACAGCGUACCGAGCUUGUUGCAUCGCCAAUAUCUAUACGGAGCGAUGGUAUGAGGAGUGACGUGGCAGUACACAACGUGUCCGAUUUUACGCCUGUAACACAACCACAUCGCAUUCCACGACGAGCUCGGUCCGUGUCGGACAGCAUCGUCCCUGCAAAUGUCUUUUUCCUAUCAUCACAUCACAGCAACACUGGCAAAGUAAAUAACACAGACGACGAUGAGGACGACGACGACGACGAAAUAUUUGAUGAAAUGAUACCCUUUCACCGCACACAUUCCCUGACCGUGAUACCCACGUUUGCUACGACAACAAUGAGCGACGAUAACAACGAAGACGACAUUUAUUCUGAUUCUGCUGACGAAUCAGUACAAGUGCCGCACAACAUUAACAACCAACAACGACCGGCCGUCACCAUGGAUAUUCAAACUUAUCUAAUGUUUGAAAAACUACAACGGCAACAUGCCACAUUACACCAAGCAUACGAACAAUUACAACGACUAGCAGGUGUGUACGAACAACGAGCGAACCAAUUACGUACAACAUACAUGCGUCGUUCGGCCGAGUUUGAACAGAUUGAACGGGCAGCUCGACAAGCCAUGGAUGAACAGCACGAGACUGAGAUUCGAUUAAAAGACGUGGAAGACGGUAGCGCGAAACUGCAUUACGAAUUAAAUGUUUUGAAUGAGAAUCUCAAGGACGUAGAGGAAAAUGUGUCGACAUUUUAUAACAAGGUCAGCUUACUGGAGCACAAGAUGCAUGAUUCGCAACAAUCGAUCACCACCAUGUUGAUCAUUGGCAACUAUUUCGACUAUUACUGGCGGAAAAUAAAAGGAUGGGUGAUGGGAGGAGGAGGAUCAACUACCACGAAUAAUAAUAGCAAUACAUCUACUACUACUACUACCCCUUUGCAGUAAUAUACUUUUUAUCUACAUACAUUCAGUACAUUGUAACAUAGUUUUUUCAUAGAGACAGGAGUUUAUAAAAUUAAUAAAUAGGUUAAUAAAGAUC